AUGUCAACAGUCCCAGGGGGCACACUUGGACAUCAGUGUUAUAAUAUCAUUCUACUGGGAAAAACUGGCUCUGGGAAAAGUGCUUCAGGAAACACUAUUUUAGGACAGAAUGUUUUUGUUUCCAAGAAAAGUUUUAAAAAUGUAACUCAAGAAGUAAAAAAGGCGUCCGUGGACUUGACUGAUGGAGUGACUCUUACAGUGUAUGACACACCAGGACUCUUUGACUUAGCCAGAAGCAAUGAAGCUAUAGUAGACAACUGGCAGCCUCUCCUUCAGUUAGACCCAUCAGUCCCCACUGUGUUCCUUCUGGUAAUGAAAACUGACAGAUUAACUCCAGAAGAGAAGAGAACUGUUGAACUGAUAGAACAGAUUUUAGGAGAUAUACUCCUUCAGAACACCUGGAUUCUCUUCACCAGAGGAGAUGAGCUGGAGAGAGAAGGUCUUACUAUAGAAGACUUUAUAUCAGAGACUGAAGAGCUGAAGAGAGUCGUACAGAGAUUUAACAACAGAUUCCACGUCUUCAACAACAUCAAACACAAUCCUGAUCAAGUGACACAACUGAUAGAGAAAAUAAAAAAUACACCACUCAUCAAAGUUUCAGAUAUGAAACGUCCUAAGAGAAUCUCCCCUCAGCCAGAGAAAGAUCCUGCUGAGAGAAGAAUUGUUUUGCUGGGGAAAACUGGAGUUGGGAAGAGUGCUGCAGGAAACACCAUCCUGGGAGAGACCAGAUUCAUAUCUGAAAUCAACACCUCUUCAGUAACAACAUGGUCAGAAAUGCAGAAGACAGUGGUAGCAGGGAGGGAAGUGUGUGUGGUGGACACACCAGGGAUAUUUGAUACUACAGCAUCCCUAAAUGAUCUGGCUCGGGGGAUAGGGAUGAGUGUUUAUCUGUCUGGUCAAGGACCUCACGCCUUCCUUUACGUUCAGCCCAUUAAUAUCAGAUACACACAGCAGGAGGAGGAAGUGGUUGAUAAAUUAGAGCAGAUGUUUGGAGCAGAGAUGAGGAAAUACACCAUCAUUCUCUUCACUCACGGAGAUCAGCUAGAGGGAGAGAGUGUGGAAAAACUGAUUAGAAAAAACAAGUCUCUCAGCAGGCUGGUAGAUCAGUGUGGAGGAUAUCAUGUGUUUAAUAAUAAAGAUCUGAAGAACAGACAACAGGUUACAGAUCUUCUGGAGAAGAUAGACAGAAUGGUGGAGAGAAAUGGAGGAAGCUGCUAUUCUACUGAGAUUUUUGAAGAUGCAGCAAGAUGCAGACAAAAAGUCAAUGAAAACAUUUUAAAAACACAAACAUCACCAAUACAGGGCCCAGGACCUUUUAGUGAACCACCACUUUCUAGCGAUCCAGGACCUUCUAGUGAUCCUGGACUUUCUAGUGAAACAACAUGGUAUCAGAACUUCUUAGAUUUUUAUGAAAAGCACAAGCGAGCUUUCAUUAUUGCUGGAUGUGUUGCAGGUGGUGCUACACUUGGAGCACUGCUGGGUGGUUUAUUAGGUUGUUGUCUCUACAUUUAA